UGUCGAUAAAAAAAUCAAAUACUUUAUUCUACGCAAUAUACUUUACUGUACAUUGAUCCAAUAUGAGAACGACAUUUUUAAAAUAAUAACCGAUACUUACCAGUUUUUGAUAAACACAAAACUAUAUUUACGGUUAUCAAAAAAGACGAUAUUAAUGUGUAUUAAGGCAGUGUCUACUGCCUGUGAGGAUUAUUUUUAAACACAGGAUUAUCGAAAUUAAGACUCGAGUAUUAAAAUAUAAAUCAUUACGCCAUAUUUAGUGAAAUCAAGUGAUUAAUUUAGAAUAAGGAAGUACAUUUAUGUCUUAUCUUAGUUUUAAAUAAUACAUGUUAAGCAGUAGAUCAACUUUGAAACUUAUUUCAAAAAGAAAAUGGUUGAAAAUAUUAAGUGCUGAAUAUAAAAUACACACGAUAUACGAGAUAUAGUCAAGAGAACACAAAAUAAUGUUGCGAUUUUUUGGACAAAAUGCUCAGCGCGUCUGUAUUGAAGUGGAAAAAAUGUAAUUUCUUUAUAAAACAUAUUUCUCUACCUUAUCUUCUAAUUUAUUUCAAUUUGAGCCAUAAUUAUCUUUUAUUCGUAUGACAAAAGACAGCAGCUCAUUAUUUGACCUUUUCUACAUCUAAGCUCGCUAUCGUAGAAAGUAAACAAAGAGAAAUCACUUGGUCAUUAACAGCUACUGAUAGCGAGCCACACUAAGAUUACAACUUUAUAACGGAUUUAAAAAUAACUGAUAAAAUUGAUGCGACCAUUUUAUUUGCGGCCCCAGUGAAUUGCAAUGCUCCUCGUACAUCAGAGUUCAAAAUAUAUUGGCGAGGAAUUCCCGCCUUUUUAGAGCAGUGUUCUUUUAGAGACAAGUUGCAAAGGCAGUCUCUGUGAAGCCUUGGAAGGAUGCGGUAGUGUAAUGCAUGUGUGGAUAUCGUGCGUCAUUGUGUGAGACCUAUAAUGAGGUUUUAGUGAUAAUAAUUCGAAACACGUUAAUGAAAGAAUGAAGAAAAAAAUCAACAUAACCAUGACUCCGAAAAAGUCGUGCGGCAUCUGUGCCAUGUUCCCGUCGUGCAUGUCGCUGCUGUCGCGGCGCGGGGAGCAGCGCGCGCCGCGCCCCGGCCAGGCGGCCGUCGUCCUCAACGUCUACGACAUGUACUGGACCAACUGGUAUACGGCGGGUGCGGGUGUAGGAGUGUUCCACAGUGGGGUACAGGUUCACGGCUCGGAGUGGGCAUACGGCGGACACCCAUACGCCUUCACCGGCGUCUUCGAGAUCACACCGCGGGACGAACGGGAACUAGGCGAACAAUUUCGUUUCAGACAAAGUGUGCACAUAGGUUAUACGGACUUCAGCGAAGACGAAGUGAGACGACUGGUAGCAGAACUCGGCAAGCAGUUCCGCGGUGACAGGUACCACCUCAUGAACAACAACUGCAAUCAUUUCACCUCAGCAUUUUGUUUGGCGCUAUGCGACCACGACAUCCCAGCCUGGGUGAACCGGCUCGCGUACGUCAGCUCGUGCGUCCCCUUCCUGCAGCGGUGUCUGCCCAAAGAGUGGCUGACCCCGGCCGCGCUGCAGCAGUCGCUGGCGGCGCACUCGCGGUCCUCCUCGCCACAGACGCCACAAUAGCAUCAAUAUGUACUGCUCAGUUGCAGAUAAGCAGUCAGAAGUGUUGUGCGAACUAAUUCAUACUAGAGUUAAAAUUAGCUAGUACUUGGUUUGGCGCAUUGUCGAUGGUUACUAGAGAGGCGGAGUCGCACGCCGUUGAAAUAAAAUUUUUAGUCGAUUUUCUCUAUGGGUUAUUUAAAAAAUCGACUAAAAACAACACAGUGACUUAAUAACGGUUUUGACGCGACUCCGGCCUUUGUUAUAUUAAUCUAAUUAUAAUUAAAUCCUUAUGUUAAUAAAAACUGAGUUACCUCUUUCUUUUUCUAGAACGAGUGAAAGAGAUGGCACUAUGUUGCUCAGUUUUUUUUAACAAGGAUAGAUACAGUAGUGUUGUCCCCCAUUUUAAGGGUUCCUAUUUGAAUACGGAACUUGUAUUUAACGAAUAUUUAAUGUAACUUUUAAAGGAAUUGAUUGUUUAUGUGGUUCUCUUAACUAAUUAUAAUAUUAUUUCUAAUCUGGAAACUAUAUCUGAAGUCUAUUUCGUUAUAAAUUAAGAUUGCGUGAUAAAUGACAAAGUUAUAUUCGGACACAGACUAUUUAUUUCACGUUUAAAAUUAAGUCUACACGUUAGCGUAUACAUAUAAAUAUAGCAUAAAUUCUCAUUCAUUAUUUUUCAUUCCUUCAUUUUACAAAUUUUCAUUUCUAGGCAACUCUUUAACUAUAAGAAUAUCGGGUUUCUAUAUAAAAUAUUAAAAAAUACCAUUUUGUCUACGCGAAUGUAAAAUGGCGGAUGUGUGUAUGUGUGCGUUAACAUAAAUGAAUAUAUACGUAGAAACUUGUAGUCCGUCCGUCGAUUGUUAAAAAUGGCGUGGUUUCACAUUAUAAAUGGGAGUUUUUCUAUAUAAUUCGUUAUUUACAGUCGGGCAAAGGGCGGGCAUUUUGGAUUUAGUUUCUAGGUAUAGAUAUACAAAUAUUUAAAAAGGUUAAUAUAUCAAAUUAACUAAAUAUCGCGGGUUACUCACGUAAAUAUACUGAGA